GCGUACGGAACGGGAUUGCGAAACCCUCACGCCUCCGGAAUCCCCACCCCCGUCCAAAUCCGGGCAAACCAUAUACCCCAGCUACCCGCCGCGGAGCAGAUUCCCCGCCAUCCGCCGACGCCACGCCACGCCACCCCCGUGCCGCUCCGAUUCGAGCUUGCCGGAGCUCGGUUUGGCCGGAAGCCUCGCCCUCUCAUGCUGAUCUCGCGGCCGGGGGCUUGAGAGUGCUUAUUUAGGGCGGGGAUUUGGGCGGCGGGGAAGCAAGGAUGUCGGUGCUGGAGGAUUUGAUCCGGGCGAUCGAGCUGUGGCUGCGGAUCGCCAAGGAGCAGGUGCCGCUGGUCGACCCCAGCCUCGACCCGGUGCUGCUCGUGCCCGGCAUCGGCGGCUCCAUCCUCGAGGCCGUGGACGAGGCCGGGAACAAGGAGCGGGUCUGGGUGCGCAUCCUCGCCGCCGACCACGAGUGCCGCGAGAAGCUCUGGGCGCAGUUCGAUGCCUCCACUGGCAAAACUAUUUCUGUGGAUGAGAAAAUACGCAUCACUGUCCCGGAGGAUAGGUAUGGAUUGUACGCCAUCGACACAUUGGACCCAGACCUGAUUAUUGGUGAUGACAGUGUUUACUACUAUCAUGACAUGAUAGUGCAAAUGAUUAAAUGGGGAUAUCAAGAAGGCAAAACUCUGUUCGGAUUUGGUUAUGAUUUCCGCCAAAGUAACAGGCUUUCGGAAACACUUGACAAAUUUUCUAACAAGCUAGAGUCAGUAUACACAGCUUCAGGAGGGAAAAAGAUCAAUCUAAUAACACAUUCAAUGGGGGGAUUGCUUGUUAAAUGCUUCAUGUCUCUUCAUGGUGAUGUCUUUGAAAAAUAUGUGAAGAGUUGGGUUGCAAUUGCUGCACCAUUUCAAGGUGCGCCUGGGUACAUAAAUAGUGGUCUGCUGAAUGGAAUGUCUUUUGUGGAAGGAUGGCAAUCAAAAUUCUUCAUUUCCAAAUGGACUAUGCAGCAAUUGUUGAUUGAAUGUCCAUCAAUAUACGAGUUGUUGGCUAGCUCAACCUACCACUGGGAAGAUACACCAUUGCUACAGAUCUGGAAAGAGAGCUUAGAUGACAAUGGCAAGAAAAGUGCCAUACUGGAGUCCUAUGAACCAGAUGAAGCAAUAAAGAUGAUUCAGAAAGCUCUUUCCAAGCAUGAGAUUAUCUCUGAUGGAAAUCACAUUCCUCUGCCCCUUAAUGAGGAUAUAUUAAUAUGGGCAAAGGAAACUCAAGAUAUCUUAUCCCAGGCAAAGCUUCCAAAAUCAGUGAAGUUCUACAAUAUUUACGGGAUUGAUUAUGACACUGCUCAUACUGUUUGCUACGGGAGCAAACGGCACCCUAUUUCAAAUCUUAGUCACCUCUUAUAUACUCAGGUUAGUUCAUUUGGUAAAUGUUGUGUUUUGUCUAUACCAAAUUUCGGGAUUCUUGGAGCACCAAGUAGCCCCCAUUUAAUUUGUCUGAACUAUGUGUUCUUUCAGGGUAAAUACAUCUGUGUUGAUGGUGAUGGAUCCGUUCCCGCAGAAUCAGCAAAGGCGGACGGCCUUGAUGCAGUGGCGAGAAUUGGGGUUGCUGCUGACCACCGAGGAAUCGUCUGCGACCACCGCGUGUUUCGCAUAGUCCAGCAUUGGCUGCACGCGGGUGAACCUGACCCGUUUUACGACCCGCUCAACGACUAUGUCGUCAUCCCAACCAUCUUCGAGGUCGAGAAGCACCACGAGAAACGCGGGGACGUCACGUCGGUCAGGGAGGACUGGGAGAUCAUCUCCCACACCGAUGGCGACGAGGCCAAAAGGCUGGCUGAGCUCCCUGCUAUGGUUGGCGCGUUGUCUGCGUCUCGCGAGGGUAAGGAUGGCCUUAUGGACGAGGCGCAGGCCACCGUGGUGGUCCACCCGGAGAGCGGAGGGCGGCAGCAUGUGGAAGUCAGGGCUGUCGGAGUCAGCCACGGUGGCUAGCUAUGGGCCUACUCGCCGUAUAACUUUAGCUAGGGCGAUUGCACAUACUGUAAACCGUUGAUGCACAUAAGAUGUGGCCAAGUAGGGAAUAUGUCUCUGUAAAUACGGUAUACUGCUGCUUGUAAAUAUCUGAACUUGGAAGCACAAGGUGCACUGGCUAUGAGCACCAAGGAGGAAGGAAAUAAUCAGAAUGGAUUACCAGCU